UUUACACCACACCUUUAUGGUAAGAAGCAGUCCAUAUAUAACACUUAUUACCUGACCAUAUAUAAAAAUUUAAACCAGCCAUAAUAGGAAUAAGCGUCAAAUGCAGAAUAUUGGUUUGGCAGAGUAUACCAGUGCAGGCGAGACGAUAGUAGUCCAACAAAAGAGUCAGUUGCUUAAUCGAAGCGAUGGACACAAUGUACAACAACAACAAAGCCAAAGAAGCUUUACACAGCCCCUUAUCGUGGAUGAAACGAAGCAGUAUAUGGAUGGCUUGGUACCUGAAGAUGAAAAUGAUACUGACGAAGAAAUGAAAGUUAGCAAGCUGUCUGAGUUGGAGGAAGCAAAGAAACGUGGUAAAAAAACAAGAGGAAGAGUGAAAAUAAAAAUGGAGUUUAUCCAGAACAAAUUGAGAAGAUACACAACUUUUAGUAAAAGAAAAACAGGAAUAAUGAAGAAGGCCUAUGAAUUAAGUACACUGACUGGGACGCAAGUUAUGUUAUUGGUUGCGUCUGAGACAGGACAUGUGUAUACAUUUGCUACUCGGAAGCUGCAACCCAUGAUUACAUCGGAAAGUGGGAAAGCUCUUAUUCAAACCUGCUUGAACUCACCUGAUCCGUCACCUGCAAAUGCUUUGCAACAGACUGUCCAGCAAGCGCAAGUACCCAUCAUGAAUCCACCACCCGUUGUACAUAAUCCAUCGCCACCUAUUCAAGUAACUCUGUCUGGUGCCAGUGAGCAAAGAAUGUCACAAACAGGUUACGAAGAGCCCGAUCUUCAAUAUGCGAAUUCUGAAGACGAGUUAAAGAUUGUACAGUCAUCUUCGUCAGGUGCGUCAAUUCAAUACGUGGGUCAAUCGGCACAGUCCUUCCCCGUAACAACUUUUAUUACCCCAGCUUCACAAGGCCAGUCCUCAAAACAAGUACCGGUUACGUACGCAGUUCAGCCUGUAGGUGGUAUCACGACUAUAUUUUCUCCCAAUGGGGUGUCGUCCAAUUCAUCUUCACCUGCUGUGCAAUUGCAAGCAUCACAGAUUACACAACAGCCACCACCAAGAAUCCUUUCUGGUCAACUGCAAUUGCAUCGUAUUCACCCUCAAAACAUUAUUCUGACCGGCAACUCGCCAAGUUUGCAAUCCAACCAUAUCAUUCUAAAUCCAUCGGCAAGCCCGUCGUCCUCUCUUGUUGUCGCUAACGCGGAUGAAAAACAUAAAAUGAAUGCUACAACGCAUCAGCAAGACGUCAUAACGCUUGUUAAUUCCGACCUGUCGAGCACUCAACCUCUCCAAAUGGUUUAUAAUCCAGGCAGUGGCGUAUUAUACGCCCCGCAGUCGGGCGCUUUUAAACGCAGUAGUAAUCAACACGAAACUAACGCAGAUGUUGUAUCCCUGCAGCAUACACCUGUUAUACAAACCGCUAGCCUGCAGCCGGAGACUUCUACAGCGAUUAUCAACAGGGGUGAAGGAAGUACCCUGUUGAUUCGUGAUAAUGAUCAUGGCAGAACAGCGAAGUGAUGUCUGUGUUUUUGUGCACUUGCAAAACAAGUAUUUUCUAAAUGGAUAACCUUUCGCACGUUUAUGCUUCAAUAAAUUUUAAAUUGUUUUUAAUGGAUUCUUUCGGUUGCUCUCUUGGUGUGUUGAGAAUUUUUUAAAGCUUGUUUUGCGCUUUCAAACAUGUAAUAUAAAAGCUUUGUUACCCGGACUGGCAUUUUAAUAGUCAUGAUUGGUUAUAAUUUUGUAAAAUUUUUAAUUAACUCAUUUUAUACCUGUGUUCUUCAGUUGAUUCGUUAAAGAUAGAAAAGAAGUAACGCUGCUGGCAGUGUUUUUAA